AUGAGAAAGUCCAGGCCUUCUGUUCCUGCUUUGGCUGGGCUCAGCAUCGUCCGCUGCACACUCGUCCACACCGACACUAGCCCGCUCAGCACCUGGGAGAUUUCGGAGAUUGCGACGCGCUGGACCGGCUCAGGCUCACGGACUGCGAAACUGCGAGACCGCCGCGGCGACUCUCGAUCUGGCCAGGCCGACAACCCCGUCCUCACCAACUCCGACGCCGACCGACGACACCACAAUACCACGGGACAGGCCGAUGAGAAUGCUUCCCCGCCAGCCACGCCCGCAGACGACACGGCGGAACACCCUUACGGCAUCCACACUCUCUUCUCGACUGGCCACAAGCCCACAUCCGCUCCAAUCUCACCCAAUUGCCUUGUUGCCCCUGUUCGUCAGCUCUUCCUACGAGCGAGCUCCAGACGAGGCUGCGCCAAGGGCUCGCACAAGCAUAAUUGGACGGCUAAGUGCAGUGUGAAUGCCCUCCAUUACACCUGUGCAACACGCCAGAUUCCAGCGCCUGAGAACGUCCCCGGACCGCUCCCGUGCUCUAUCCGCUACCGCGUGACCCUAGCAUCAAUUGCUCCUGCGAAACCAUCCCUCAAGCCUCUCAACCCUCCUAACGGCUCAGCUUCCGUCAAGGCCGCUCUUGCGCUCACGUCGCACAAGGAACGCCCGCCUACCAGGUUCCCCGAGCUAAUUGACUAUUUGGCGCUCGUCGGCGAUCAAUCCCAUAUUGGCGGCAGCCCACAGGCCCAAGCCAAGGUUAGCGAAGCUUCAUUGAGUCCUCUCUCUCUGGCCUACCACAUCUGGUUUGGUCUCGCUAAGUCUGCCGUCCUAGCCCACGGCUACGUGUUGCCCUUCCUCCUCUGCCAGCUCGUCGCGUUCUCUCUGGCCCAGUAA